CGCCCUGGUUAAAUAGUGCCUCUAUUCUCCUCUUCCCCUCUACCCUUCCUCCCCCAUCCAACUCACAAACAUCAAGCAAGCAGCACGCACGCUCAACACAAUGGCCGACACCGACAGAGAAGCAGCACGCAGAGAGCGCCUAGCCCACAUGCGCGCCGACUACGAAGCCUACAUGGACGUCCCCCAGCUCGUACCCCUGAUUGUGAUGCGCCACCGACGCGCCCACAGGCUCCGCCAGUUCGGCUUCCGCGACGAAUCCAUCCGUUACACCCUGCUCGCUAUAUCCCGCCAUGAAAAAGACAAGUUGUUCCGCUACAAGCUCUGCAAGUACGUCCGGUACUGCGCUUUGACGUUCAUCAUAGACUUUAGCGUCGUGGCCGCGUUCUGGAAGAACACUGUGCUUGCCUAUGUGCUCCUGGCCCUGCUUGUCCUGCUCGUGCGCCUGCUGUUCCAUAUCGGGGUGCUCUCGUUCCGCAGAUGGAAAGGCGGCCUCUGGCUUGCUAACUAUUUGCUCUCGACUUUGCUUCUGAUGCGCCCACUGGUUUCUGAUGACCCCCGUGACUUCGACCGCCAACUCUUGAUUGCGGUGAGUCUCGUAAUGCUACUUGCGCUGCUCAUGAUGCGCCGCCCGCUUAGGAUGAUCCGCCUGUUGGCGCCUGUGCUGUUCUAUGCGCCUAUGUGGGAGUGGAAGCGUGAGGUCAAGCUCUUCCGGGAAAGCCAUGGUGAUCUGUUUGGCACUUGAUGCGGGAAUGGCGCAUAGCAUGGGCGAAAAGUGGAAGUGAAGGAGUGGCUGCCAAUAGCCACAAAAAGGCGUCGUCAUGAUUAAGCUCGAACGAGAAGAAGUGCAAGUAAACUAAGUAGUAGUGUAAGGUUAGCAGCGUGGCGCGCUCCAGCGAAGAAGAAAAAGAAAAAGAGGAAAAAAAGAAUGAGGACAGCCAAAAAUCCAAAGCUACCUUCCAUCCGUCAUGCUCGCCUUUUCAGACAAGUAGACCAACCUUCCAGCACUCGUGUACGCCACCCCAAACAACAAGUCUAAUCCACCAAAAGCAAAUCAAAUAAAAC